AUGGCUACAGAAGUCAAGCGAGUACCCAUUCCCCGACGGGGUGUAGAUUAUCGCGGCAAGGUUGUUCUCGCGCCUAUGGUUCGUUCAGGAGAGCUACCAUCAAGACUCUUGGCUCUCAAGUAUGGCGCAGAUCUUGUCUGGGGUCCUGAGACUGUGGACUACUCCAUGAUUGGAACUUCUCGACGAUUUGACGAAGAUUCGAAAACGAUAGAGUGGUUUCGUCUCUCUUCCCAUGGCCAGAAGGACCCUCCUCCGGACGCCAAGGAGAGCAUCAUUUACAGAAUGCUGCCAGAGGUUGAAAAAGACAAGCUCAUUUUUCAAAUUGGCACUUCAGAUCCCGAUCGCGCAGUAGCAGCCGCUAGGUUGGUGGCCGCAGAUGUUGCCGGCAUCGAUGUCAACGCCGGUUGCCCAAAGCCCUUCAGCACUAGCGGAGGAAUGGGUGCCGCCCUUCUCAAGACUCCAGAUAAACUCUGCGCUAUUCUUGAGGCUCUUGUUAAGAACAUCACUCCUGAAUUUGAGAUUGGAAUAAGCGUUAAGAUCAGACUCCUCGACACUGCAGCGGAAACAGAGGCACUCGUUCGUCGCCUUUGUGCGACAGGCAUCACAGGACUCACCAUUCAUUGCCGGACGACACCUAUGAGACCAAGAGAGCGGGCCAUUAGAGGGCAGCUCCGUAUGAUCGCAGAAGUCUGCCACGAGUAUGGUGUUGCCUGCUUGAUGAACGGCGACGUUGAGAAUAGGGAUCAAGGUCUCCAACUCGCCAAAGAGUUCGGUGCGGACGGUGCGAUGAUUGCAGUCGCGGCCGAGAAGAAUCCAAGCUGCUUCAGGAGCGAAGCUGAUGGCGGACUGGCACCCUGGGAAGAAGUCGUCGAUCAUUAUGUUAAGAUUGCGAUCGAUGUUGACAACCGAUUCGGCAACACCAAGUUCCUGCUCUCGAAUAUGGUCCCUGGAAAGUCGAAGUCUUACCAGCCAAUGAACCAGUCCAAGAACUACAAGAGCAUCUGUGAGGCGCUUUCACUUGAAAAACACCUCGAGUCCGCUCGUGCCAUAGACAGCAAGCGAGGGCUGGAUCAGCCACUGCAGGGGAAAGCUGCAGAGAAAGCCGCAAAGAAGGCUGCAAAGAAGGCUAACACAGAGGCUAAUACGCAGCCGGUCAAGUCAAAAGAAGGAACUGAACAGAAGCGCAAGCGGAGAAUGUCCGAUAAUAGACCUGUGAAGCAGGUGAAGACGUCCGAAUCCGCGCCAGUUGCAACGGCUGUUUAG